AUGAAUGCUAGUAAAGAAAUUAUUAUAAAUGAGGAUACUUAUGAAAGUCCAAGUUUUGAGUUCGUCGGCAGUGAUUAUGGAAUAUGUCUAAACUGUAAUAAACCAAAUACAAGUGCUGAUUGGUGUCUUAUAUGUAAUGCAGAAAGAUUUCGUCAGAAUUUUGGUAAUUGGACAAGUGGUAACGAACAUAUAGAUAAAUUUAUUCAAGAUGCUCAAUUAGAUGCCAUGGAUAAGCGAGAAAUUUUAGAAUGGAUACCUUAUGAAAAAUUAAAACAUGUUACCUACGUUGCUAAGGGCGGUUAUAGUACUAUUUAUAAAGCUAUUUGGACUGAUGGUCCUAUCACAGAAUGGAAUCUUGAAACCCAACAAUGGGAAAGACGUAAAUUUAUGUAUGGUGACAAAUGUGAAUUCAUUACAGCAAUGGAUAAUAUUUUUUCUGGUACCUUUGGAAUCUCGGUAGCUUUGAAAUGUUUACACGAUUCUUCAAACGUUGGUGAGGAUUUCUUGAAUGAGUGGAAAACUCAUUUAAAAUGUUAUAAAGCUAGUAAUUGUUCAUUAAUCCGAUUGAUUGGAAUUACUAAAGAUCCUGUAACAUCAGAUUAUAUGGUAGCAAUGGAAUAUGCUGCUAAUGGAAGUUUAAGAGAUGAAUUGAAAAAAUAUAUCAAUGAUAUUGUCAAUGAUGAAAUUAUAAAUGCGACUUUAGAAUUUAGAGAAGCUGAUGAAAACUUGGAGAGAUUUCAAAAUUAUGAUGAUAAUGUUGAUGAUCCAAAAUUCUUCAAACACCCCGAAGCAUGUUAUACUAGUCGUCUUAUUUCAUUUCCGGGAAUUAGUACUUUAACAAAUACUCAAGAUUUUACUGCAUCCCUUGCUGCUCUUACUUUGGAUAAUUCUGUUGGGGAUCCUGAAGAUGAAAUCUUUUAA